ACAACGAUAACCGUCACCGGAAAUCGAAAUGCUCUGAGACUCUCUCUCUCUCUCUCAACAAAUCACGAUUGAGCGGAGACCCCUUGGCGGAAGGGAAACGAGGUCACCUGUGAUCACGGCUGAAUUGCCUCGAACGGGAAGCUGAAUCGGCGGUCAGAGAGUUUGAAGGCGAUGAAGUUGAAGAUCAACAAGGCCUGCGAUCUCAGCUCCAUCUCCGUCCUCCCUCCCCACGGCAGGAGACCAGGUGCUGCGCCGGGUGGAGUGCAAGCAUCACAGUUCCACUCGCAGCAGCAGUCUCAGCAAUCAUUUUCGCAGGGGAUCUCGGCACAGCAUGGCAUGUUUUCUCAACUCUCUCAGAACUCCUCGGAUGAUUUCCUGACAAGUGACCAGAGAUACAGUUCUCAAGAACGAGAGAACUCAGUAAAGAAAAUAUCUACCUUGGUGAAUUAUAGCCAAGAAGAUAUUAGGAUGCCACUGUCUAGAAAUUCCUCCAAUCUUGCACGCAAAUGGAAUUCCACAUCCAUGACAGAUAACCGAUGUCAUAUCAGUGAAGAGCUCGAGCACAGGAUUGGCUUGAUGGAAACUUCAUUGAGCAGGUUUGGAAGGAUACUGGAUUCUGUUCAGAGUGAUGUAAUGCAAGUCAGCAAAGGAACAAAAGAAAUAUCUCUAGAAAUUGAAAGCAUACGGCAGAAGUUGAUUAGUCAUGAUGACUCCCUGCAACAAUUGAAAAAAGGACAAGCAGAUGUCAAAGCUUCCUUAGAUGGGGGAUUUAAAUCUAUAUCUGAUCAACUGAGCAAGGGUGCACAUGAAAACAAGUUUCUGGAAAUCUACUCGAGAAUAUCAGCAAUACCUGUACAGAUAGAAGCAUCCGUAAUGAAAUUUCAAGAUCAGGUCCGCUAUAACUUCACCAGGGAAAUGCAGGCAUUUUCUUCUGUACUGAAAUUAGCCAGCCAAAAAUCAGAUGCUUCUGCUCAUCCCCAAUUAAAGGGUAUUGAAGUUCUCCCUGUCCCACAGAGAGAAACAAGGCUAUUGAAAGGUUCAUCUCCAUGUCCGAUAUCUUCUUUGCCUCCAGAUCCUGUGACAAAGACAGAAAUGGGAGGAUGGACCUCAGUGAAGCAGGAGAAACAGAAAUGUCUGGUCGGAGCCUUGAAAAAGGAAAACAUACAAAAAGAGGCUCACCCCUUCGAGAAGCUUAGCAUGCAAGAAAGAGAAGGUCGAGUUCUAAUUGAAUCAGAUGAGGAGAUCGAAGGAGGUUUUGCCUGCUUGAUUGAUGAGGAGAGAGGUGCAUACGCCCAACUGGAGGACAAAGGAAGCUACACGAUUGAUGAAGUUAAGGUAGAGACAGAACGGAUCCUGAGGAAAGCAAGGAAGAGGAAGCGAAAGCACUCCAGCGUAAUAAUUAUAAAUUGAAGCUUUGCAGACAAUUCUGUUGCUGUUGCCAGGUUGAAGGAAGUUCACCGAGGAACUUGAUCCAUGUAUGCGAAUUCUCGGUGUUCAGGUAGCAUUUUGUGCCAAAACUCUGUUUUAUUUUACAAAAUAUCUACGGCUGCGUAAGAAACAUCAUGUCAGCAUAAAAGUGGUCGCAUAAUGUCUAGCGGAGCUGUAUAAAUGCGCUAUGUAUGUGAAAAAAAUUCGCCUGAAAAAUGAGAAAUCCAAUUGAUUAAAGUGAGGUCUAGUUUAGACAAUGCUGCACCGUAAAGAUUAUCCGAUGCUCGAUAAACUACUUCUGAGACUGAGACUUCCCGAAAAGGUAUUCGGGAUUCGCAUUAUCAUUAGCCACCGGUCGACAUAUGACAUCUGCAAAUAUAAUUGCUUCCAAAGGAUAAACAUCUACUCUUGCAUAUGAGUGCUCCCUCUCAGCCCCGUGAAAUUGAAGAUUAUAUCGCUUUAUUAGCUUGUAAGAGAAAGAAGAAAUGGAACAGUAGUUAGUUUCGGAGGCAGUCCAUGGCCUCCUAAGAAAAUGUAGAAAUUUGGAGAUAAAGGAAUGAUGAUUAAUGGCGUAGACAAAUGAUAAUCUCUCUGAGUUGCUUCUACCCGACUCUUAUUAGCCUCUCGGCACUGGACCUUGUGCUAAAGGAUAAUGCUGGUGAGGGCCGUCGUUGGUUAUUGAGGUCGCGACAUUAACCUCAUAUCAAUCAUUGUCAUAUGGGAAAGAAAGUGCAGGGCGGCCCUCCAUGCACUAGCUUGUAAUAGGGCCUUCUCGAUCCCUCGCUUCAAUUCUAAAAUAUCGACAUCAUU